UGUUUGUACCUAGGGCAUCUCGAGAGCAGACGUUUCUGAAGAUAAUAAUACAAAUAAGUAUUUCAAAAUGAGAAAUUAUGUGAUUUUUGUGCUUUCUGUGAUAUUCUCAUCUUCAGAAGCGCCCCCACCGCAAGUCAGCAAGCAAUACAGAUCAGACUAUGAAUAUAAUAGAAAAACCGAUGCAUUUUACAAACUCCAUAUUGAAACUACGCCUCACUAUCUUGUGGAACAACUGUGUCAAGUGGAAGGAGCCGAACUGAUGGUUCCUCGGUCAGACUAUGACAUAGAACAAAUGCAUGCUAUGUUCAAGAAGUUCCCUGAUAUUGGGAAUUAUGUGUGGAUCGGCAAUGAUGGCAGGGAUCACGAAUCUGCUGAAGAAGAACCGAUUAUUAAUUUGGAAGAACCACCGAACUUCUCCGAUAGAUUCGGCACCUGCGUGGUUGGUACGCGGACUGGUGACGUGGAGACAUCAGUCUGCUACCGAGGGCUGCCGUACAUAUGUAAGGUGGCUGCAAUGGACGCGCCUUACGACCGACACUGCAAUGUUUAUGGGAAAGAUUACAAAUACUAUGCGUCAACGGGGAGUUGCUACAAGAUCCCUAACAUAGCAUUCCCUUGGAGUGAAGCUUACUCCGAGUGUCAGGCAGAGGGCGCUCACCUCGUGGUGGUAAACUCCGAAGCCGAGCACUUGGCCAUUAUGAACCUUACAAGCACUGCACCAAAGGUCCGCAAUGCCAAAGCCUCCUACUUCUUAUUCGCUGGCUUCAGAGCUGAGAAACCCGUCGGAAACGCUACUGUUGUGUUUAAAACUGUAUUCAAUGAAACUCUAUCGCAAGCUGGCUACGAAAACUGGUCGGACAACGAACCCAAUAACUCGAAUGGCGAGUAUUGUGGCUCCAUCUUUCUGAACGACGGCAAACUAAACGAUCUCCACUGCCAUGAUUCAUUUGGAUUCAUUUGUGAAAAAGAGGUUUCUUCUUGAUAUAAAUAUUUUCUAAUACAUUGACACUGGAUAUCGGUUCUUUGUGAAAAAAUUGUGAGCUAAGUAUCUAAUUUAGUUUCUUAAUCAGAUUUACUUAGGUUACUAUUCGAGGGUGCUUAAGUAGUUUGACAUGACAGAGCGGUAUACGCGCCGACUGGCAUGAUUUUGCGCCCCGGCUGGAGCUAGAAUCUAACCGAGCACCCUCGAACAGUUACGGGAGUAAGCCAUUAUUAUGCAAUUAAUUUAGAACAACGGUUGUUUGAAAUAUCGAAUUAUCAUUCGAUUGCUUGACGAGAAUAUAAUUUUAAGAUGUGAUUAGCUUAUCGUAAAUUAUUAAAAAUUAGUUUAAAUGGGUCAAGAGUUCAUGGACAUUUGGUACCUAUUAAGAUUUUUUUUUUUUAUAUAGCUCCAUUAACCGUCACUUAAGUAAAUUAGCAGUUGACUAAGAACUUAAAUUAUCUAGUUAGAUAUUCGCAUAAGUUAUAUUAUAUUAAUGUUUUUUCUUUUGACACUGGGCGAAGGCACGGAGUGUAGCUAGUAUCUAUUAAAGUUAAUAAAUUAUUUUAUAUUAAUAAGACUGUUAGUUUUAAA